GAACAGGUCAAUAAGGCUGUAAAAGUUUGUCUUUGCGUACUUCCUGUGACAAGAGUAUGAAAGCAACUCACAGGUCGACAUACAGGUUGCUGUACAUUCAGAGGUCUUGGUUGUUAAGGUUUCUCUUUUGUGUGUUCUCCACACGGAGACAGACGCCUGCCACAACAACAGACUGCGCACCAUGCAGAAUGAAAGUUGGUUACUUGAUAUGAUAAAGUUCUUAAUCACGCCUUUGAUGUGCAUAGCACUGUACCUGCUGUGUUGCCGUAGAAAAUGGCCAUGCACUCAGGAAGAAGAGUCAGAUGACUCCUCUGUCUACGUCAUCCCUAUGCAUGAAGAAGAGAGGACAGAAGGACGAAGAGAGGAGGCAAGUCCCCCCAGUAGACCUCCUCGGCCCUCAAGGGCCCCAACCCCUCCACCGUUACCCACGACAGUCUACAGACCUCCCUAUAGAGAACUGCCGCCGUAUAGCUCAGUGGAUCUCAUCAACCCUGCACCGCCAUACACUCCGUUUGACCCAAAGGACCCAGAGGACGUUCCACCUUCCUACCGAGCGGUGAUAGAGGACAUACCACCCAUCUACUCAGCAGUGGUGGUGUCAGAUGACCUUCCAUCUGUCUGGUAUCCGCCACUGCCCCCAGUCUCACCCCCCUUACUCCCAAGUCCAGGUUACGCCCAACUCCCGUUACCAAGACCCUAACAUGGACGCGACUUGCACAAUUGAGAAUUCCAUUUAAUCCCACAGCACUUCUGCUACAGCCUGGUCCCAGAUUUGUUUGUGCUGUCUUGCCAACACCUAUAGGCAGCACAAACAGAUCUGGGACCAGGCUAUGUCUGCUAUUCCCUUGCACCUCCAUGGGGUUCAUAUAGAGCUCUGAACAUGCAUAUUCAGGCCGUCCAAAGAACAAUGCUGAUUAAUCUAUGUUUUUGAGGAAACUUUGGAUUUAUGUGAUACAGGUAGGGCCUAGAGUUGUUCCCGGUUGGUGAAAACUCAGGGCCUGAAAUAUUGUAUAGUGGUACAUCUUAUUUAAGUUGAACACUUUCGUCACUGACGUGACAUUGUACUGUAAAGUAUCUGGUUCGGCUUGUGUAGAGGACUGGGCCAUCAUGGAGUCAUUGUUCAUUUCACCAACAAAAAUAGUGACUAAAAUAAUCACCCAGGUGACUCUUGAUUCACCUUAACCAGUCAACACCACCAGCCUUCUAGUUAGCUAGAAUACUCUUUGCUGGUUAAGAAAUACAAGCUGCUUUACCAAAUUAAAAACAGUAACAGCAUUGUGUUUAAUAGUAAAACAACAGUCUAGCUAUGUUUUUCUCUUCCUUGAGUAGGCUAUAGAAAAGUAGGCCGUCUUUUAAAUUUGUAGUCUCGUUCAACCCUCCCACUUUUCUCACUGCAUUUCAUAUACAGAUUCUGUUGUCAAGUGUUCCUCUUUUCCUCAGAUCAGGCCUUUAUGGUAGAGUGGCCAAAUGGAAGGCACUUCUUAGUAAAAGGCACAUAACAGCCCGCUUGGAGUUUGCCAAAAAGCACCUAAAGAC